AGGCAUUUCGAACUGUGGCUCACGGAAGAGUGAGAAGACGAAGCUGCUCAAAAUUGAACUUUUUUUGUGUAGUUGACUGCCUGGAUAAAACUCACACUUUUUUUUGUCAAGCAAACACAGCAUUACGUGGAUACGAACAACUUCUGGAGCCAUGGUGAGGGAGCAUCUACCGAAAAAGCCCGUCGGGCGCACUCUGGAGGAGAUUAAGGAAAAAUUGAGGGAGAAGCGCAACAAACAGCUGGCCCGAGCCGCGGCGACCAGCAGGACUUUACGCUCGAGACUCGCCCACCCAAGCGGCAGCAGCGCCGGCGGCGCGACGCCGGGCGGACUCCUGAAGGCGGUGCAGCAGAACAACCUGGCGCUGGCGUUGGCGCUGCAGGCGGAGAAGGAGAAGGUGCGGCAGGCCAACGCGGUCGUCCUGCGGCUGACGAGGGAGCGGCAGGACCUCCUCCUGCACCUGCUGCUGCUCAAGAGGACGCUGCACGAGCGACGGGCCGUCGCCGCUUCCUCUCCGCUGGUCAAAACAUCCGAGCCGCGCGUGGAAGCCGAUGAAGAAUCACCAAGGAGAGAAAGUGUCAGCGAGUGCAACACCGCCGGGUGUCAGCUCACCCCGAUUUGUGCAGCUUCUCCUAAAAUGGACGCCCGGCCCGACGCUGACCAAAUCGCGCCGCCGCCCGCGGUGAUGGCGAAGCGAAGACACGGCGAAGGAGGAGGGAGGACGAGCGGGAGGCGAUCGGACCGCGUGCGAGAACGGCACUCCGUCAGCGAGGCGUACUCGGGGGCGCUCGUCUCGGGACCCCCCGCGCGCGACGAAGGCCGUCGGGAGACAACGACGACGGAGGCGGCGCCGGCCGAAGACGAUCGCGUCCGCGCGCGAGACUACGAACCGACCGGGAACGCCCGCAAACACGCCCCCCGACGGCCACGGCCCAAAGCGGACGGGCCCUUGCGAGGACGCAAGCCCGAGCGAGCCCCCCUUAAGAAGCCCUGGGAGAACCCCAAGAGGGUGCGAUCCAAGAGCCGGGACCGCAGCGCGCCGCCCCCCCAGCAACUCAACACCUCGCUGGGCUUCAAUGACACUUUUGACUUUGACUGUGAGGAGGCCGUCCACCUCACGCCCUUCAAGGCCAAGCCGGACCACCCGGAACCCCCCGCUCCGCAACCCAGCUCGCUGUCGCCCGAGUCAGCAGACAGCCUGUAUAUGCCCAAGAAGAAGAGCAAAAGGGGGCGCCCGUCCCUCGAGACCACCGAGGCCAUCGCCACCCGCAGGGGACUGGCCCCCCCAAAGGGACACGAGCCCACCCGAACCCGCGUUGACAGACGAGAAUGCGGCCGAGACGGAUCAAGAAGUCGAUGGCCACCCGUGGGAUUUUUCCAACAGUCGUCACCUGAUGACGCAUCCGCAAGAAGCUCUGAGGCAGGACACUGCGGUCGACGCCUCCCCCUCGGUCAGCGCCCUGGCGGACGUCGAGACGAUGACCGUCGACGCCGUCCUGUCCCGUUCGGGGACUCGCUCUGCCCGGCGCCGCCUCCUCCUUCGUCUCCGCUCGCCAGCAUAUGGCGGCGAGUGACCACGCGCGAGAAACGCGGCCUCUGGGGCUCGGCUCUGCACGACGCGGCCGGGCGGAACGCCCUGAGUCGCUUGAGUGACGUGACCAAUCUGUCGUCCCCCGCAGCCACGCGCCCGUCCACGCCGGCGGCGGCCCGCGUGCGCCGCCGCACCGUGGCGAUGAACUACAAGGAGCCCUCGUUGAGCACGAAACUCCGGCGUGGGGACAAAUUCACUGACGUGCGCUUCCUCCCGCCGGGCUCGCCCAUUUUCAAGAAGAGCAGGAGGUCGCGCGCGUCCACCGGCGCUCGCCACAAACUGGACAAAUAUAACGAGUCCUUUGUCGGAUGUCGUUGAUAUUUUUGGUUUUUCCCCACAACGUCGAAAUGUUGUACAGUCCCGCUCUUUACAAUUGAAUGUUUUACAAAAUAAAUUGAUAGACAAAUAGUUGGCCGGCCAACGGACGUCAGUGGAAAUUAUUGCAAAAAUAGUUUAGUUUUUUUCCUCUCUUAAUAAAUCUCUAAAGUAGCAAAUUAGUUUGUAUGAAGCCCAUCAGUUGAUACAUGAAGUGUACAAAAAACUACUUGUAAUGUUUGUUUUAACACAAUACUAAUUUAUCUUUUGUUUUACAAUAGCUUAUGUC